AUGGUGAUAUUAAGCAAGCAGAUCAUCUUCAUGCACAUAAUUGGACUGCCUUGCACUCAGAUGUUCCCCUCUCAGUCGGCCCCUUCAAAUGUUAACAGCGUUACGCCCUCAGAUGUGGCUGUGCUUUCCUCCAUUGGACUUCACAUGCACAGCACUGAGCUGUCUAUGGUGGUAUCAAGGCUCACAGAGCUGAUGACCCUGUUUAAUCCUGGACUCAUCAGUCCUCUCUCAGAUGAAACAAACUUGUACGCCCCUCAGUUUGUUCAACACAGCACGCUGGUGGAGCAGGCAAAGGAAGUGUCCAUCUACCUCCAAAACAAUCAGGCUGUUGAUGUGGAUAGAGAUUGGAAGCUGGUACUUCUUUUUGCUCAGGUGGAUCAGCUCUGUGCUUGUGAGCAGCAGCAGCAGGUGCAGUCUGUUAUUAAAGCCGUGGUUGAAGAGGUGGAUGAUGCUCUGCAGCUGCUGCACUCUCAGCUGAAGAGGACCAUCGUCAGCGUUGCAUUGUGGGAUGGAGAGCGUGGCAGUUUCCACCCCAAGAUGUGUCGAUGCACGGAGACAAACAAUGAAGGAGAAGACAGACUCCAGAAGGCCAUGUUGAGUCAUGCUCUGCAGGAGUCUUUGGAUGAACUCAUGGUAAAGAAGCAUUGGUACCAUGACAGAGAUGACUUCACUGUCAUUGUGCAGGACGCACCUUUCAUCACAGAUCUUUCAUCUGUCUCUAGUGGGAAGCAUCCCUCUAAGUCAGCAUCACCAGAAACAGAUAAACUGAUGGUGCAGAUGUGGACAAACCUGCUGCAGCACACAAGUGACCAAAAUAACACAGAGGACAAUGGAAAGAUCAUCGCAUUGCCAUGUCCAACUGAGGAUCGACCCUUCUUGAGGACGGAGGGAAACUCUCCUUCAUAUCACCACAGCGAUGCUUCUCCUCUCCUCCUCCCAUUUACAGGCACAGAGAUGCCCUGUGAGGACCUCAGCCCCUCACCCUCCACACCCACCUCAGUCCAUGAACUUAGGCCUGGAGAUAUCAAAGUGGUGGCUGCUGUGGGAGACUCUCUGACAGCAGGGAACGGUAUUGCAUCCAGCCCUAACAACAUCCUGGACGUCCUGAGUCAGUACAGAGGUUUAUCCUGGAGUAUUGGUGGAGAUGAAAACCUCACAACUGUCACCACGCUGCCCAACAUCUUAAAACAUUUUAACCACAACCUGACGGGCUACUCUGUUGGGAAGGGCAAGGAGCAAACUCCUCAGGCAUUCCUUAACCAGGCUGUAGCAGGAGCUAAGAGCAAAAACAUACCAACACAGGUGCGAGCCCUGGUGGCAAGGAUGAAGAAUGACCCUAGAAUCAAUUUUGAAUUAGAUUGGAAGGUGAUCACCCUUUUUAUUGGUGGAAAUGACAUAUGUGACCACUGCUACAACUCUCUCCUUUACUCUGAAGAGAAUUAUAUUCGUAAUGUUCGAGACAGCCUGGAUUAUCUACACAAAGAGCGUUUACUGCAUGAGCUUGUGGAGUCAGGCCGGUAUGACACCCGCUCAGACUUCACUGUGGUCGUCCAGCCUUUUUUCAGAAGAAUCGUCGUCCCCAGACUGCCGGAUGGCCGUGCAGAUCGCUCCUUCUUCAGUGCUGACUGCUUCCAUCUCAGCCAGAAGGCCCAGACGCUGAUGGCUCGCUCCCUCUGGAACAACAUGCUGGAACCUCUGGGCAAUAAGACUACUAUACAGAAUUUUACUGUAGACCUCGACCUGAAAUGUCCAACUAAGAACUGGGGAUCUGAUUUCUCCUGUGUGGACAUUGCUCCAUCUGACACUGUGCCAACUUCAGUUCACAAGCUGAGGCCAGCAGACAUCAAGGUGGUGGCAGCACUGGGAGACUCAACAACGGCAGGCACUGGUGCUAAGGCAAAGAACCUGUUUGACCUCAAUAAAGAGUAUAAAGGAGUAUCAUGGAGCAUUGGAGGGGAUGAGACUCUGGAGACGGUCACAACACUACCAAACAUCUUGAAGAAGUUCAACCCCUUCAUAAAGGGCUUCUCCAGAGGCCAAGGCUCCAGACAUAAGUUCUUCAACAUGGCUGUACCUGGAGCUAAGUCCUCAGAUAUUGCAUUACAAGUCCAAGCUCUCAUCAAGGCCAUUAAAGAAAAUAAGGAGGUGAAUUUUGAAAAGGACUGGAAAAUUGUGACAAUAUUUGUUGGAGGAAAUGAUCUUUGCAAUUACUGCAUAGACCAAAAUAAUCUGUCACCCAAGAACUACAGCCACAAUCUGAUGCUCAGUUUGGACAUGUUAUACAAAGAGGCUGAGAUUGAACAUCUUAUUUCUGGAAAUCGCUAUGAGGGAAAAGAAGACGUUGCUGUUGUCCUUCAACCCUUUUUACACAAUUCCUUUAUCCCUUAUAUAGGAGAGGGUGAGGUUGACUCGAGUUUCUUCUCUGUGGACUGUUUCCAUAUCAGUGAGCGAGCUCAUGCUGAGAUGGCCAUUGCCUUGUGGAAUAACAUGUUGGAGCCUGUAGGCAGAAAGCAGAACUACAACAACUUCACAUAUGACCGCUCAAAGAUCCACUGUCCUUCUGAGGCCAAUCCCUUCAUCUUCACUAAGAUCAACAGCCUACCAGGUCCACCAGUGACCACCACCAGUCCUGCACCAACCAUCCCUGUGCCAAAGUGUCCCUCCUCCAUGCCUGUGUGGGUGCCAGUGAUUGUGGGAAUUAGAGGUGACAUUCCACGUCCGCAGAGCCAGCCUCUGCCGCCUGGGUCUGGUCCGCUGAGGCCCCUGACAUUCACUGGCAGCACACCCAACCCCAGCGGUUCCUCCCACCGGUGGAUGUGUCGAUGCACGGAGACACACAAUGAAGGAGAAGACAGACUUCAGACGGCCAUGUUGAGUCAUGCUCUGCAGUCUUUGGAUGAACUCAUGGUAAAGAAGCAUUGGUACCAUGACAGAGAUGACUUCACUGUCAUUGUGCAGGACGCACCUUUCAUCACAGACCUUUCAUCUGUCUCUUUUACAGGCACAGAGAUGCCCUGUGAGGACCUCAGCCCCUCACCCUCCACACCCACCUCAGUCCAUGAACUUAGGCCUGGAGAUAUCAAAGUGGUGGCUGCUGUGGGAGACUCUCUGACAGCAGGGAACGGUAUUGCAUCCAGCCCUAACAACGUCCUGGAUGUCCUGAGUCAGUACAGAGGUUUAUCCUGGAGUAUUGGUGGAGAUGAAAACCUCACAACUGUCACCACGCUGCCCAACAUCUUAAAACAUUUUAACCACAACCUGACGGGCUACUCUGUUGGGAAGGGCAAGGAGCAAACUCCUCAGGCAUUCCUUAACCAGGCUGUAGCAGGAGCUAAGAGCAAGGACAUACCAACACAGGUGCAAGCCCUGGUGGCAAGGAUGAAGAAUGACUCUAGAAUCAAUUUUGAAUUAGAUUGGAAGGUGAUCACCCUUUUUAUUGGUGGAAAUGACAUAUGUGACCACUGCUACAACUCUCUCCUUUACUCUGAAGAGAAUUAUAUUCGUAAUGUUCGAGACAGCCUGGAUUAUCUACACAAAGAGAUGCCUCGGGCUCUAGUGAACUUAGUAGAGCCUCUCCAUAUUAUCCCACUGAGAGAAAUGCACAGCGACACUUCACUGAAAUGCCCAACUUGGCUGUUAAAUAUUCUGUGUCCUUGUGUUAUUUUGCCAAUGCCCAACUCUGAAGCUCUGCAAAAGGUGGAGGACAUCAAUAGAAACUAUCAGCGUUUACUGCAUGAGCUUGUGGAGUCAGGCCGGUAUGACACCCGCUCAGACUUCACUGUGGUCGUCCAGCCUUUUUUCAGAAGAAUCGUCGUCCCCAGACUGCCGGAUGGCCGUGCAGAUCGCUCCUUCUUCAGUGCUGACUGCUUCCAUCUCAGCCAGAAGGCCCAGACGCUGAUGGCUCGCUCCCUCUGGAACAACAUGCUGGAACCUCUGGGCAAUAAGACUACUAUACAGAAUUUUACUGUAGACCUCGACCUGAAAUGUCCAACUAAGACUUCACCAUUCAUCCGUACCUAUAACAACAGCAAUUACAUAUAUGGUGGCCCCUCUCCAACACCUGGACCUAUCACAAACUGGGGAUCUGAUUUCUCCUGUGUGGACAUUGCUCCAUCUGACACUGUGCCAACUUCAGUUCACAAGCUGAGGCCAGCAGACAUCAAGGUGGUGGCAGCACUGGGAGACUCAACAACGGCAGGCACUGGUGCUAAGGCAAAGAACCUGUUUGACCUCAAUAAAGAGUAUAAAGGAGUAUCAUGGAGCAUUGGAGGGGAUGAGACUCUGGAGACAGUAACAACACUACCAAACAUCUUGAAGAAGUUCAACCCCUUCAUAAAGGGCUUCUCCAGAGGCCAAGGCUCCAGACAGAAGUUCUUCAACAUGGCUGUACCUGGAGCAAAGUCCUCAGAUAUUGCAUUACAAGUCCAAGCUCUCAUCAAGGCCAUUAAAGAAAAUAAGGAGGUGAAUUUUGAAAAGGACUGGAAAAUUGUGACAAUAUUUGUUGGAGGAAAUGAUCUUUGCAAUUACUGCAUAGACCAAAAUAAUCUGUCACCCAAGAACUACAGCCACAAUCUGAUGCUCAGUUUGGACAUGUUAUACAAAGAGGUACCAAGGUUGUUGGUCAAUGUUGUGGCAAUCUUGCAGAUAGAUCCAUUGAAAUCAGUUAUGAGGAACACGCUUGGCUGUUCCCUCUUGCAGAGGACCAGCUGUCCCUGUGUUAUCAAUCCAGCUGUAAACUCCCCAGAGCUUGAAAAGAUAAAACAAAUCAAUCGCGAGUAUCAGGCUGAGAUUGAACAUCUUAUUUCUGGAAAUCGCUACGAGGGAAAAGAAGACGUUGCUGUUGUCCUUCAACCCUUUUUACACAAUUCCUUUAUCCCUUAUAUAGGAGAGGGUGAGGUUGACUCAAGUUUCUUCUCUGUGGACUGUUUCCAUAUCAGUAAGCGAGCUCAUGCUGAGAUGGCCAUUGCCUUGUGGAAUAACAUGUUGGAGCCUGUAGGCAGAAAGCAGAACUACAACAACUUCACAUAUGACCGCUCAAAGAUCCACUGUCCUUCUGAGGCCAAUCCCUUCAUCUUCACUAAGAUCAACAGCCUACCAGGUCCACCAGUGACCACCACCAGUCCUGUGCCAAAGUGUCCCUCCUCCAUGCCUGCUUCUUCAACUUCUGCAUGAUUCAUCAUAAAUCAGAAUGUGGGCAUCAGAUUGGCACACAGAAAAAGUCUCCCAGUUGAAUGGCACUGGCACUCCAGGAUUCAGCCAAGUCUCAGUGAAAGGAGUCCACAGCACUCAAAAUCAUGUUGGAAACUGAAGGAGGCCACCACGCUCACUGUCCGAUGCCUGCAUACAGCAGGAUGACAAUCGGCAGAGACAUUCAAUUUGAUUUCCGGAUCCAGAUGCAACACACCAUGCCUGUCCAACAUCAACUACAUGAAGCACAACUAAUAUUUGUAAAACAGACAAUUCAACAUAGAGUGGUGACUGAUAUGCUUAAGUUUUGCUGUUUGUUGGUUGGUGUAGCCUUUACUCUUUCCAGGUUACAUGGUAGAGAUGUCAUAGCCCAGUUUCAAACAGUUUGGCGACAUCUGGAAGGUGCUUCUUGAUGCAUUUUUUUCAAAUGUUAUGUUAUGUUAUACAUUUUUUGUAUACUUUUAGUCAAUGAAUUGCCGAUAGUAUUAUUUCAUUAUGUUGGCAAUGCUGUAAACUCGCCAUUUGUUUCCUGUCUGUCCACUUU